AUGACAACUGCUCAUGUGCCUCAGGAUCUACCAGGAUCAAUUACCGCCGCAAAUCUAGUCGCCGGUCAAUUCCCCUGCGAGACGCCUGAACCCGAAUCUCUGCUGUCGAGCCUGUUACAUCCUAGGCUUCAUUAUCGCCGGCCAUAUACUGCGAACGGGACUGCGGCUGUCGACACCACCGAUUUCGCGACCCAACAAUUCCCCAAGCAAGCCGGGCUAACUCGUCGCGGGUCUAUUUUCAGAAAGCUGGCGGGUCCCCGGGAAAACGCAAAGCGCUUUCUCCGCCUAGGAACCGCCCAAUCUCCAGCGCCGUCGCAGGAUCGCCCGAUGGCUCGGUCACGUCGUCAUCGCCCUGUCUCUGAGAUUAUCCUUUCCCCAGACGAUGUCAACAUGCUCGCCGCGCCCUCCCUUCAGCCGGGCAGAAUGCGCUCCCAUUCUUCCUCAAAUUCGUCGAUGGUAGCCUCUCGCGGGCCCUCGCCGGGCUGCAUCCCAGACAAUGCGCCGUUCCCGUCGUUGCCGAACGAGAAGACCGUUGCAACGGGUAGUGGGAUCUCAGUUGGAAUCGCCCUCACCGAGCCUGUGCUCUUUCUUCAAGGCUACGAUCAGAAUGACCCCACCACGAAGAAGUCUGCCAUUCUGCGCGGGCAGCUACAUUUGAAGGUCACGAAAAGUGUCAAGAUUAAGAAAAUUUCGAUCUGUUUCAGAGGCCAGGCGCAGACGGAUUGGCCGGAUGGAAUUCCACCCAAAAAGAUCCAUUUCCACGACAAAAAGGACCUCGUCACCCAUGGAGUUGUGUAUUUUAACCACGGCGACACAGCUCUUAUGCAAAACGAUUAUGGCGCCCAUAUUUACAAGUACGCCAAACCUCUAAGUGUCUUCACCGGAAACAAGGAUAAUACGACGACAGUCACCCGCGAAGUUUUCAGCAACAGUAACUCCUCCACGUCACUCAACGGCCUAACGAGUAGGGAGGCGAAGCGACUCUCUCUGCAGUCUAGCAACUCACGUAGUUUCGGCAAGGGCGAUACGCCGCCAGCUGGGCCGCCUCAACCUCAGCGCAACUACCGACUGUUCCCGGUUGGCGAUUACCUGUACAGCUUCGAGUUCCCAAUUGAUGGAUCCCUUCCAGAGACGAUCAAAACGGAACUCGGCUUUGUGAAGUACGAUCUAGAAGCAAUCGUGGAGCGUUCCGGCGCCUUCCGGCCAAACCUGCUGGGCACACUGGAAGUACCCGUCGUCCGCACGCCAGCGGAGGGCUCUCUAGAGCAAGUCGAACCGAUUGCGAUUUCGCGGAAUUGGGAGGAUCAGCUGCACUAUGACAUUGUUAUCUCGGGAAAAUCCUUCCCGCUUGGAUCCCAAAUUCCAAUCGCUUUCAAGCUUACGCCACUAGCCAAGGUUGAGUGCCACCGGAUCAAGGUCUUUGUGACGGAGAACAUCCAGCAUUGGACCGCCGACAAGAGCGUCCACCGAUUUCAGCCUGCGAAGAAAGUCCUCCUUUUCGAGAAACGGGCUGAUCAAGCCAGUACCAGUACAUAUCCUGGUAGUUCAAUGCGCGUCAUGGCUGGUGGAGGCAUUGACUGGGAUCAACGCGCUGCUGCUGCUAGAGGGGAGGAAAUCGUCGAUCGGGGUCGCACGAAUUUGCUUGGAAAUCUGAGCAGUGAGUCUGGAGUCGGGCCGACCGAGAUGGAGUUCAGCGUCCAGCUUCCGAGCUGCCACGAAAUGAAGAACCGGGAUGAAUCGCAGCGCUUGCAUUUUGACACGACGUAUGACAACAUUCAGAUCAAUCAUUGGAUCAAGAUUGUCCUUCGCCUGUCUAAGCAAGAUGAACGCGACCCGGGAAAACGCCGACAUUUCGAAAUUUCUAUCGACUCCCCGUUCCAUCUGCUAUCAUGUAAAGCUACGCAGGCGAACAUAUACCUCCCGGCCUAUACAACGCCUGGAUCGGAGCCGGCAAGUCCAGCACCACAGUUUGAAUGCGGUUGUGCGGGUGCUCCCCAAGUUCGCCGAAAUGCAUCUCGCACCCCAUCGAGCUCUGACCGAGAUGACCCGCCUGUCCAUGUUUCUAGAAGCUUCACCAGCGGUUCCGGCGGUCUAGCUCGACCCCCUGCAGCCCAUUUGGCCUCUGAGCCAGACGGAAGAAUGACCGAACAGGUCCCUCGACCUAUGCACCUCCUUCGCGCACCGUCCUUUGCACCACCCGCGUUCGAUGAUGUUCCUCCCCCACCACCGCUCAUAACACCCCCACCCGAGUACACAAGUAUAGUGGGAAACCACGACCGCGAGGCAGUUCUAGAGGACUACUUCUCGCGGCUCUCCACCUAUGAGGAGCGCGUUGACGAUGAGCGCGGCUCAGGACGAGUCGACGUGCCGUUGACUCCUGGCGCACGUGUCAACCGCAGCAUGGACGUUCCGCGCGAAUGGAUUCGUCUAGACCAAACGGCCUAG